AUGGGGAGAAGAAAGAUUGAGAUCCAGCCCAUUACGCACGAACGGAACCGUUCUGUCACCUUUUUAAAGCGCAAGAACGGGCUCUUCAAAAAGGCCUACGAGCUCGGUGUCCUUUGCUCGGUCGACGUCGCCGUCAUCAUCUUCGAGGAACGGCCUGGGCACCAUGCGAAACUCUAUCAGUACUGCUCUACGGACGUCAACGGCAUGGUUCAGCGACAUCUCCGGUUCGAUGGUGAGCGUGACACAAAGGGUCCGCCUGAUUUCAACAACAACAGCAAAGCGACCGAAGAGGCCAUGGACGAGGACGAGGACGGAGAUGACGACGAAGGCUCACAGUCACAGAAGCGCGGCGGCAAGAUAACGAAGGUGAAGACAGAAGGUCCGUCAAACAGCAUUGUGCCGAUACGACCCGGCCCUCCGUCCAACGACGUCUCGGCCAGCCCGGAGGAAUUCCGGUCUAACCUACGCGUCUCACCGGACUCAGUCUCGGGGCUCCCGCUCUCCGGCGAGCGGCACACCUCAGGACUCGCCUCAUCCUCACGCUCUAUUCCCAUCAGCAGCACUGCGAAGCGACCACGGCUUAUGGAAGACCCUGGUCAUUCGCGCUCGCCUCACCCGCACGGCGCAGGGGCGCAGUCCGCACCCCCGAACCUCGCACACACCGCUUCAAGCCCCCCAUUUCCGUUCCGGCUGGAUGUCGACCUUCCUGCGAGCUACCCGAUCCCGUCGCUCGCGCAGCUGCACUCACCACACCCUAGCCUGUCAUCGAUCUACCCCUCACACAGCGCUGCCGCGAUGAGCGGCCUCAUGUCUGGUUCCUCUCAGUCCUAUCUUUCCCAGUCCUAUGGGGGAGGAAACGGCGGCGGAGGACAACAAGCACCGCUACGCGCAGUGACAUUCCCACACGGGCAUGGACACGGCAGCCAGUAUUCUCCACAUGGGCACCAAGGCCCGCAGAGCAUAUUCGCGCGAACAGGCGGCGCACACGCCAGCCACUCGUCAAGUGCGAAUAACAUUUUCGCGGAGCUACUGGGCACCGGCGACCAUCACCCGAACGGUGGCGGAGGCCACGGCGGGGGUGGAGGGGGCAGCAGCGGGAACGGCUUCCCGUCGUUCGACUGGCCGGUGCACUCGACGCAGGCGUCGACGCAGAGCGGCCAACACAGCCACGAUCAUUCCGCACCGCAAAGCACAUCGCCGUCGGCCGAUUCAUCAAAUUGGUUCGACUUCCUCUCCGCACCACUCCCCACCUCGUCCUCCAAUCCAGGUGCCCCGCCCGGUAGCAGCGGCGUCGGAGGCGGCGCGCGCUUCCACAUGCCCGCGAGCAGCGUAUCGCCGCCGGGCGGUGGCCGGAAGCGCCUCCGUGACGACAGCGUGGGCGCGGACGGGAUGGGGAUCGGAGUCGUGAACAAGGGCUGA